AUAUAUAUAAUUAUACUAACGAUUUUCGUUUUCUUGUGUAAUUCUUCAGAUCCUUCAAAUAUCCCUCUUAGAGCCAUCAUCUAUUUACACUCAGAUGAGUUUGCACUUCCUUUUGAAAACGUGUGUUAGAAGACUAAUGCUAGACCAAGUUCUAUGAACACACCUGCAAAGUCGAAGAGGGUAGCUCUUGGCAACAUCCAACAACAUGAAGAUGCUCAUUGUUCGUAUUUUAUUGUUUCCUGCGGACAAUCGCGUUUUUAUCUCCAGCGAACGAAGACUGAGAACAACCAUUAGUCACAUCCUUCCAAAGAAAGAGCACAGAAAACCCGGACAAAUCACAGAACAAUAAGCCUUAUCGGCAACUUAAUUAAAAUCAUGCACGAAAGCCGAGCAACUGAUACAAGAAUAGUCUGGCUUUAGACCAGACAGGAGCACAGUUAAAAAAGACCUUUAACGGUCGCAGAAAAACAUACAACACCAUUAGGAUCUCUUUCGCAACAUCAUCGACUUUAAAAAAGCAUUUGACAUUCUCUGGAACAUGGAACUGUGGCAUGCAAUGCGAAAUUUAACAUCGUUCCCGUCAUUGAAUUGCUGUACAAAAGCCCAGUGAGCUCAAUACUACAGGAGACCCAAAUGGGAGUUUUCAUUUGCACAUCACUGGGUGUAUGUCAAGGGCGUCCCCUGUCGCCUGUACUAUUCAAUAUAUUUUUGGAAAGACAGUAUGCGAAAAACCCUUCCCACCCAUCACAGCUUCAUUUCCAUCGGUGGGAAACCCAUAUGCAAAAUACAAUUUGCGGACGAUAUUGAUCCCAUGGCAGGUACCGACAGCAAACUACAAGACCUUACCGACACAUUGCAAAUGCAUAUGGAAAGGAGAUCAUCAUUGAGAUGAGCAUGUUACGACCAUCAACAACGGCAAAGCAGAGAUUGAAAUGAAAGGAGUACAGCUGAAAGAGGUGAUCAGCUUUUCAUAUUUUAAAGCCACCUUUUUUUCAAAGAUGGGAGUCAAAGCAGAAAUCUGCAUCAGGAUCAAUACAGCAACAGCAUCUGGACAUUAUUUGGUGAAGCAGGACCAUAAGGUUUUCUAUAAAGUACAGACCGUACAAGUCCCUUGUAGCUCCCAUCAUGCACUGCAGAUGCCAGAUGUGAAAUCUGCUUACUGACAGAGAGGAGAAUACAGAUACUGGGGACCAAGUGCCUAUGGAAGCUUCUCCGAAUCCCUUAACGAGGAACGCAAAACCAGUCACUUUGUAGGGAGCACCAGGAACCCCUUCUCUUAAAUCUGAAAACUGAAUAGAUUAGAUAGACACCCAAACUGAAAAGUCAAUGUCUUUCAAUUUUGCCAGGGUCAUCAGCAAUUCUAAAAUAAAAAGAAUUUUUCUACAAAAAUCAUUGAAGUGAACGCAUGAUUUCUUAGUCCCUCUUUCUGUUCCUAUUGGACUAUGUCAUUCUCUCUUUCCUUUCUCUACGUACAGAUAAAGGUAAAAUACGCAGAAUUGAAAAGCUAAAGAACUGUACCUCAUACCUAAACAACACUUAGCUUGAAAUAAAAUUUCAUUUAACUCGUAAGUAUUUGCAUUCAUGCUUUCUGACCCAGCAAUGGCACGGAUGGAAAUUUCGAGAACCAAAUGUUUUUAUAGGACAUGGAAUUAGAUAUUAGAUUCGCUGCACUUCACCACACGAGGAAACCAUACCAUCGACCCACGAUGGACAUCAUCGAUUGCUCAAACAAUUAUCCGCCUUCUGUUUCAUGUUAACUUAAGGAUUUUGUCAAGAAGUUAACUGCUGAUGACCAGCCAGUGAAAGACUUGUAGCCCUUGAAGCGAAAUUACUGCUGUUGUUAUGUGAUUGGAUCAAUGGAGCGGAUGCUAAAAGGGGAAAGAAGACAUUUCCUAACCGAAGAAGAGGGGAGAGAUAAAUGAUAUAUGAAAAGAGAUAGAGAGAGAGAGAAAAAAAGAGGGGACUAAGUGAAAAAGAGAGAAAAAGAAAAGAGACACAAAAGUUAAAGAAAAAGAAGAUUAAAGAAAUAGAAAGAAAGAAAAAAAGAAUAAAAGACGUUUUGCGAACUUUGAACGAACUAAACGCCUUGUUCGUGUUGAAGGGUAGUAAAGCACGGGUCUGCCAAUCCUACCGUGGGAAGGUAACCAUGGUUACGACAGAGGCCUGGAUCGUGGGUGGUGGAGGCGAGAACGUAACAGGCCACAUUCUUUCCGAGGAUGACAAGCAACGGAUAGCUGUGGUCAGCAUCAUAAUGAUCUGCACCAUAGUGGGCAACCUCACCCUCAUCUUCGCUCUCACGUGCAAGCGCUCGCGCCGUAUAAAGCGGGUCAACGUCUUCUUGAUCAACCUCGCCAUAGGCGACCUCGCUGUGGCUUUCUUCACCAACACCACUGAGAUCUUCUUCCUGGCAUUCGGUGACUGGGCUCUUGGUCCGGCAGCCUGCAAGAUCUCUGUCUACACACAGAUUGUCACCUUGGCGUCUGCUACUUUUCUGCUGACGGCCAUGAGCAUCGACAGGUACCAGGUGAUCGUGAAGCCUAUGCAGUCACUAGCGCGCCGACCUCGAAUCUGUCGAAAGGUAGCCGUUGCCUGGGUGAUGGCCUUCAUUUUUGCAACGCCGCAGCUGUUCAUCUUCUUACAGGUGACCAAGAUGGUGGACGGCAAGCCUGAACGGCACUGCCUGAGCAAAGGCUACACGGCAGAAUGGCAACGGAAGGUUUACAUGAGCUUUCUGACUCUGUACAUCCUCCUCAUCCCCAUGGCCAUCAUGCUGUACUGCUACGUCAACAUCAUCCACGUCGUGUGGAUCCGCGCGCGCGCUGACGACCGCCACGACCUCAAGUCCUCCGCGCCCAACGGCUGCAGCGUGGAGGAGGCGGCAGGGUCACCGCGCAUGUCUGUGCGCCACGGGCUGGUGACGGCGUCCAAGCGGCGUGUCAUCACCAUGACCCUGACGGUCAUCGUUGGCUUCCUGGUGUGCCAGACUCCCUACUUCAUCGUUUCGCUGGUCCGCAUCUACAGCGACUACCGCAUCAAGCUGCUGCCGGCGCUGGCGGUGUCGGAGAACCUUGUGCUCAUGCACUCGUCGCUCAACCCCGUGCUGUACGGACUCUUCACCCUCCGUCAGCACCACGUCACCGCCCUUCUGUCUUUCUUCAACUGCCGCUCGCGCUCCGCCUCUGCUUCCGCUUCCUCUUCCGCUGCCGCACACGCGGGCGAACGACGGUACCUCCUGAACGGCAAGUCAGAUGGCACGUGCAAAGCGAUCAAACCGCGCGCUGGAGCUCCUCCGCGCAGAGAUAUUGGCGUGGAUGGAGGAACGGUGCGCAAAAUGCAUGGGGUCGCCAGCAAGGUGUUAUGCAGCGAGGAAACGCUGCGACAGGCGACAUACCGGAGGAAGGAGGAGACUGACAAAGAGACAGGAGCGGCUCAUCGGGAUCAAGGCUUGCAGUGUCCCAACGGGACAAACCUGCCUUUGCUGCUCAUCGCCAACAAGGCGGCUGUCUCGGCGGCGGCGGAGGAAGAUAGGUCAUCGACCUCGACCGCGAUCGAGGCCCCAGCUAAAGCUGUCGUCGUCGUCGCCGCCAGUCCGGGUAGAUCGUCACUGGUAUCCUCAGAGGCGUCAGCAGCGGGUGUACCUGCUCAGUGGACGCCUACCUGCUUGUCAUCCAACAGUGAACACCACAGCUGUGUGUAGAGAAGCGUGCAAGACUGAAUUUAAUAUUUAACGGAUUUAAUUUGAAAGUUUCGUUCCGUAUCUGUGAUAAGUCAUUGUUUAUUGUUAUCUUUCACGGUUAUAAUUAGUUUUUAAUUGCUUACUGUAAUGAACGACGACGACAACAACAAAAAAAAAAAACAAAAAAAAAAAAGAUGCAAUCAUACCGUUGGCUUGCUCAACAUUUUUUCUUGGAAUCAGGGACUGCAAUCAUUCAAGUGAAGCUGGUGUGAGUUACCAUACAUGAGACAUGAGAGUCAACUCAUCGUGUUUCGCUGUCAUUUAUUUUAUUUUAAAUGUUGCACUACAGCUUUAUACAAAGGGAGGAAUCCUUUGUGUGUGAAAUGAAGUCUCCCUGACCUAGUUAAAUGAACGAUAAGACAUAAAUCUACAACACGCAUGUAUGUUUUACAAGUUUCUAUACAAGAUAUCAAUCAUGGUUAGAACUUUUGUGCCUAAAUGGAUGUCUACAGAUAAUUUUCUAGAGCAACCACUCCAGACCACGUUCUUUGAUGCUGGAACUUUCCUGCUCGACUAAACUCUUGUUAUAUUAUUUUCUUGAAAGAAAUAUACUGAUAGAAGAAACGUUUUCCAUUAAAACAUCAGGAUCAAUUUUUGUGACUACUGCGACGACUACUACUGCUACUAAUGGAAGAAGGUGCCUGAUGAGCUGUGGUACACCAAGCAGUGGCUUGCUACUAUCGUGAUGAUCUCGUUUGAACCAUGUUUUCUCAGUGGGCCUUAGGAUUGUAGUUGUUUCACGACGGAGAAUAUGCCGCCGGGCAGCUUCAUUGUCUGGUUGGGCGAUGUUACGAUGAUAUUGUGACGACUGCUUAGCAGUUACGAAGUUUCUGUUGUGCGUUGAUAAAAGCAGUUUUUUCCCCCCAUGCUUAUGCCACGGGUUCAGCUCUCAUUCACCGGCGUUUUACUUUUUAAAAACAAGUUUCUAAAUUUUGUUUUUAUGUAUUUCAUUCUUUGUUCUGUCUUGCGAGUAUUUUUGUUUGUUUUUGUUUGUUUGUUUGGUUUUUUUUUUUGUCUUUUUUUUUAUUUUGUAAAAUAAUCUUGUUUGCGCUAAAGGUUCAGCAAGUCUUUUUUUUUUUUAAUUUUAAAACAUUUUCACAAAUUUUUUAAAAUUUGGAAAACAUUUUUCUUGCAAACUCGAAUGUUUCUGAGUACUUUAGGUUUGCGGUGGAGCGAGGGUCUGAGGCUGAUGACAUGUGAAGACAAAAGAUGCUAUGAGAAUGCAUCGCCCAAGGGAAGUAAUGUCGCCGUCAGGUACGAGUUGCGGGCCUUUCUCAUAGCCGUGUACACCAGUGUGGUGAUGUUUCUGUCAACUCACCGAUAACAUUGUUUUCUGGCUGUUGACGUUGAACGGGUGUUGUACGGUACAUGCUCUGUAAUGAGGCUAACUUUCUAAGGUAUGUCUGGAUCAGAGGGGUAUCCUGAAACAACAUAGAACAGGGUGCAUGCAAACACGAGCUUGUGCAAGAAGUUGCCUUAUCCUGCAGUUAAAAAAAUAAUAAAAGAAAACAAACAUAAUUUGCAUGCUGCAGCAUUGCUCGAAACAUUUAUUUAAAAACACUUGACGGCCGUGUCUGGUCUGUCAACAGAUACCGGAAAAGGGAGUGUGGAAGAUAUUUUCUGUCCCUUAGAAUAAUAGGAACAUUUUACAGGGUCGUGAAAACAGAACGGUGCUUAGUGUUAAGGCUUCAGCAGCUGUCCUUUUUUUUUAUAAAAAAAAUUAAGUUAACUUCUUGAACAAAUAUUUCUGCCUUUCGAUGUGUGAAAAUUGAUAUUUAAGUCAACCAGGUUCUACAUCAUAAUUAUUAAGGAUCUCACAUCACACUUGACAGCCAGUGUCGCGCUAUUUCCAACUGUUUUGUAAACAAACGAUACUACACAACUCACAUGAACCAUGAUUAAUGCUGAUUGUAUGUAUGCCUGUCUGUCUGUCCUAACCUGCUAGCCUUGUCAUGGAAGCAUGCAUGGCAUAGACCCACCCAUACCCCAUCAACACAAGCAAACGAAAUGUAAGGGGAUAAGUAGAUUGUAUAAGAGAGAAAUAAAUAAAAGUUUAUUUGUCUGAUUGCUGAUUGAUCUCAAAUAAUGUAACCAUUCAAAUAAAUAAAUAAUAGUUUAAAAAAUAAAUAAAUGAAGUAAACAAAGGAAAGCAGAUGGAACACAGUUGAUAUCACCGAAAAAGAGCCUGAAUCUCAGCUGUCGACUCGACAAACGGAUGACCCAGAGUCGACAAACAUUCGUCGCAUUUUUUUAUGUCCUGUCCUCUGGGUAUGCGUGCCAUUCCUUUGCUUUGUCGUCUCAGAGAUCACUACACGCCCUCCAGCCCCACCCACCCACAGUCUUUUGUCUUUUUUUUCCUUUAGAGCCAUGUAAGAACUUUUCCCUCGCAAAGUUAAUUGAAAGCAAAGAAGAUUGGUCUGAUGCGCGUUGUUUUUAGUGGGUACACUAGUCUGCGUGUACGACGACACUGUAUAUUUUGUCUUCUUAAGGAAAAAAAAUUGCUUCAGGGAAAGUAAUGGAGAAAAGUUCACCGAAAUACAAGAUUUUGGAUUUAACUUUAGUUUAGUACUGUAGGCUUUGAUGCCUUCCUAACCAUUCAAUGUUUCUCUUCAAAGAAUAAUGUAUUUGUUUACAGUAAUAUUUUUUCGGAGGCGCUUGGGUGGUCAGGACCCUUAUGGACUAUUGUUAAUUGUAGUUAUAUUCGGCGAAUACUUUCCCUUGAAGUCCAAUCAAAUACACAACCAUUUGACCAGUUGAGCUAAAAUACCCGUGUUUAUAGGACGUGUAUACUUACGUAUACUUUACUUUGAGUUUUGAUGAUUCCGAAUAUGCGAUUUUUUUCGGAAUUGAAAGUAAACGUGUUCGGAGAAAAUGUGUGGGUGAGUUAGUGAGUGAAUAUCUGUGAGAGAAAACUAACUCCAACCGAAAAUGGAUACCUAAUAGCAAAGUGUGUAACAGACCUGUGAGCAUCCAUAAUUACUCAUUGUGUGUGUGUGAGAGAGAAAGAGAUUAUAUAUUAAGGUUGAGAAAGGUCUCCUCUUCUAUAAUUAUAUCCUCAUCAUGUGUCUUCUUUGUAUAUCCUUGUGAUGAAUAUGGUGAAACUUUAGUGACUUACAAUAGUUUACAUCACUGUAAGCACUCCAUGUAGCCGGUCUGUUCAGUAGUGCAUCAUAAGUGUACUGUGCUAAUUAAUUAGCUUUUUACGUGUCCUUCGCAGGCAACUUUCAAAAUGUCUUCUUGGAGCUCCACACGUUAACUUUUUAGUCAUGUGAUGGCGAUUCAAGAGACUUUUUGUCUUUUUAUUUCGACGACUGUUCCGUCGUAGAUGUUCCUGAGGUCUUGUAUGCCAUGAUGCUUUUGGUGGGAAGUGAUGGCUUGAAUACGAUGACAUGCUCUUCACGCCUGAUUGCUGCUUCUCUUUGAUUAUUUUUUUAAAUUCGCUGUGUGAGAUAGAUGUGUGUAUGCUAAUCUAAGUAUAUAUGCAAAUUUUGUUACUUGUUAAUUUAUUGAAUGUGUGAGUGUAUAACAAUUGCUCAAGCAAGCUUUUGUGUAUCACGUUUCUUGACAGCACUUUGACUUGCAAUCAUUAGCCAGGAACAUAUCAAAUGUUAAUAUAAGAGUGUAUGUUCACCAGUAACUAAUGUUUGGAAAAAUAAUGAAACAGGCAUUUUUCUCAGUCUUUCUUGUUUUACAAAGGAAAAACUUAACAUUGUUUAGGCAUUACGACGAGUGAUUUGGAAAUUUCCAUUAGUGUCAAAUUUAUAGAAAAAUAAAACUGAAAAUAUUUGUUCCUGCUUCUUGUUUCUAACAGCAAAGACAAAACAAAAUUCAUAAGACUGACCAGCAUCGAGAAAGAUGAUUGUUGACCCAUGUCGAUAUAAUACUGGUUUAGUGAAAUGUUUAUUCUCAUGUACUGACGGGAAUUUCGUAAUACUGGUAAACUAAUUCCCAGAAACAGAAAGUCUCCAAAAAAUAUCGUUGGACUGGUGUUCGGAUUUGUAGAUAUAUUUAUUGCUGUUUUAGUCUGUAUACAGCGUUCAAAUAAAUGUUUUCAGACUAGAUGACAAGGUCAUUUCCUGUAAAAGAUAUUUUUUAAAGAGAAGCUGUAAUGAGGUCUAAGUACUUCACAACCACUUUACCAAGAAUGACAUGAACAUGACACGAGCAAAUGAAAUGUGAAACGACCCUGUCAUGCCUUGCAGAGUUGUUUUUUUAAAUUAUUAUCAUAAAGAUUUGCUUUGGGAGGAAUAGCUUCUCGUGCUGUCUUUCUGGUAUGAAUGGGAUGCUUGGUGGGAUGUCGGGUGCUCAGCACAAGGGACUCACUCCAUAAAUUGGCUGCAGUUCCUUUUCUCGACCAACUAGGAAAUAACAGAGGUGCGAGAAAUAAGCAAUCUGAGCUCUCCAGACUAAGGCAGUGGGCGGGGAUGAUGUUAUCUUGAGAAUUACAGAGAAUUAUUGAGAAACCCCAUCCUCUACCUCACUUAUCCUCUCUCCCAUCUACUCUACUCCUUCUUACUCUUUCUUGCGAGGAUGCCAACAUCUUUCUCUGAUAUAGCCACGCACUUAAAGACUUUUCUUAAAAAAAAAAAAAAAAAAAUUUGCUUUAUCGCUUUCUCGUGAGCAGACAGGAUUAUUGCAUGUUAGUGACUGGAGACGAGAUUCAGUGAUAAGCAGCUGUCCAGCCAUCUCACACCUGACUGACAUCCCAGGGCCAAUGAUUAGAGUGUUUUAGUCUUCCUUCCGUUACAGUACUAUCACCAUUCCUGCAGGAUCUUUCAGGUUGACGUGGGUAUAUAUAUCUUUCUUUUCUUUCGGCAUUCGCAAAUAGUUCUCAGAAGAUUUUUUGUGCCUUUUUGGUGGGGUCUACAAGUCUUGGCCAGGAAAUCGCUCGCUGGCAUUAGCAAGUAUUUUCAGUCUCUGUCUUUGGCUGCAGUGAAAGUGAGGCCGGCACGCAACAGAAAGCCAGUCUCAUGCCUCGCUUCCAGAAAAUAUCAGAGAAAGUCACGUAUGUCCAGCGACAUCCAGCGACAGGUUAAUUUCAAUAAUUAAAAUUUAGUGAGCUUGAAUUUCUCCCUUGAUUCCUCGCUGUUCCUAUUUAUAAUAAUAGAUCAUCUGAAAUGCAGCAUAUAAUUCACUUAUAA